AUGCCUCAGGUCAAUCCCGAAGUGUUUCACGCCAAGGUGUACGACAUAACGCGGCUCAUCCCGCACGGCCGCGUCACGUCGUACGGGCAUAUCGCUCGGCUCACUGGCCAUCCUGCGCACUCGCGCCUCGUCGGGUCGGCGCUCAAGUUCCUGCAGGACCCGGACGUGCCCUGGCACCGCGUCAUCAGCUCGUCCGGCGCGAUUGCAGACCGAGGCGACGGCGGAGAGGCCGCGGCACGCCAGGCGCACCGCCUCACCCAGGAGGGCGUCACCAUCAUCCACGGCCGAGGCGAGGGCGUCACGGUCGACUUUGCCCACCCCAACCCCAACGCAAAGUACCGCAUCAACAUGGCCCUCUUCGGUUGGUUUCCAGAUCAAGUCCACCUCGAAGGAUACGACGAGCCCAACGAUGAGCAGAUCCAAGAUUCGGACUCGGACCUCACCGAACCCUCCGACGACGAAUAG